AUGGCGGAGACCAAGAUCAUCUACCACAUGGACGAGGAGGAGACGCCGUACCUGGUGAAGCUGCCCGUGGCGCCCGAGCGCGUCACGCUGGCCGACUUCAAGGGCGUGCUCAGCAACCGGCCGGUGCACGCCUACAAGUUCUUCUUCAAGUCCAUGGACCAGGACUUCGGGGUGGUGAAGGAGGAGAUCUCUGCGGACAAUGCCCGGCUGCCCUGCUUCAAUGGCCGCGUGGUCUCCUGGCUGGUCCUGGCGGAGGGCGCGCACUCGGACACCGGCUCUCAGGCCACCGACGGCCACGCCGACCUGCCCCCCGCCCUGGAGCGGAUGGGUGGCAUCGGGGACUCCCGGCCCCCAUCUUUCCACCCGAACGUGGCCAGCAGCCGUGAUGGGAUGGACAACGAGACGGGCACCGAGUCCAUGGUCAGCCACCGGCGGGAGCGAGCCCGACGCAGGAACCGGGAAGAGGCCACCCGGGCCAACGGGCACCCGCGGGGGGGCCGGCGCUGGGACCUGGGCUUGCCCCCCGACAGCGCCUCCACCCUGCUGAGCAGUGAGCUCGAGUCCAGCAGCUUCAUCGACACCGAUGAGGACGACAACACGAGCCGGCUGAGCAGCUCCACCGAGCAGAGCACCUCCUCCCGGCUCAUCCGGAAGCACAAGCGGCGGCGGCGGAAGCAGCGCCUCCGGCAGGCGGACCGCGCCUCCUCCUUCAGCAGCAUCACCGACUCCACCAUGUCCCUGAACAUCAUCACCGUCACGCUCAACACGGAGAGGCACCACUUCCUGGGCAUCAGCAUCGUGGGCCAGAGCAACGACCGGGGCGACGGCGGCAUCUACAUCGGCUCCAUCAUGAAGGGCGGGGCCGUGGCCGCCGACGGCCGCAUCGAGCCGGGGGACAUGCUGCUGCAGGUGAACGACGUCAACUUCGAGAACAUGAGCAACGACGACGCCGUGCGGGUGCUGCGGGAGAUCGUGUCCCAGCCGGGGCCCAUCAGCCUCACGGUGGCCAAGUGCUGGGACCCCACCCCCCGGAGCUACUUCACCGUCCCAAGGGCUGACCCUGUCCGGCCCAUCGACCCGGCCGCCUGGCUGUCCCACACGGCGGCGCUGACCGGAGCCCUGCCCCGCUACGGCACCAGCCCCUGCUCCAGCGCCGUCACGCGCACCAGCUCCUCCUCACUAACCAGCUCUGUGCCUGGCGCCCCACAGCUGGAGGAGGCGCCGCUGACGGUGAAGAGUGACAUGGGCGCCGUGGUCCGGGCCAUGCAGCUGCCCGACUCGGGGCUGGAGAUCCGUGACCGCAUGUGGCUCAAGAUCACCAUCGCCAACGCCGUCAUCGGCGCGGACGUGGUGGACUGGCUGUACACGCAUGUGGAGGGCUUCAAGGAGCGGCGGGAGGCGCGCAAGUUCGCCAGCGGCAUGCUCAAGCGCGGCUUCCUGCGGCACACGGUGAACAAGGUCACCUUCUCUGAGCAGUGCUACUACGUCUUCGGGGACCUGUGCAGCACUCUCGAGGCCCUGAACCUCAACAGCGGCUCCAGCGGGGCCUCCGACCAGGACACGCUGGCCCCGCUGCCCCACCCGGCGCCCUGGCCGCUGGCGCAGGGCUACCCCUACCAGUACCCGGGGCCGCCGCCCUGCUUCCCGCCCGCCUACCAGGACCCUGGCUUCAGCUACGGCAGCGGCAGCGCCGGGAGUCAGCAGAGCGAAGGAAGCAAAAGCAGCGGGUCGACACGGAGCGCGGGCGGGAGCAGCCGGCGGGCCCCGGGCCGCGAGCAGGAGCACCGGAGGCCGGGAGCCGGGGGCAGUGGCAGCGAGUCCGACCACACGGCCCCCAGCAGGGCGGGGGGCGGCGGCUGGUGGGAGCGUCCCGGCAGCCAGCUCAGCCGCGGCGGCAGCCCGCACAGCCAGGCCUCCACCGCCGCCCCGGGGCUCCCCCCGCUGCACCCCCUGACGAAGGCCUACUCGGUGGUGGGCGGGCCGCCGGGGGGGCCCCCCGUCCGGGAGCUGGCCGCCGUCCCCCCCGAGCUGACGGGCAGCCGCCAGUCCUUCCAGAAGGCCAUGGGGAACCCCUGCGAGUUCUUCGUUGACAUCAUGUGA